GCCGUGUCCUGACUGCAUGUGAGUGUGCAUGUGUGUGCGUGCGCGUGUGUGAGCGAGUGUGAGUGAUGCCCAUAGUAGGCCAGCAGAAGGAGCAGCAGCAGCAGCAGCAGCAGCGGCGGCGGCGGCGGCGGCAGCAGCAUGGAGGAUCUCAAGGAGAACUUUGGAUUGCCGCUCGGGAAUAACGCGCGGUCGACCUGAACCUCGUCAGGCUGCACGUUUUGGAUAUAUUUGUUUGGAUGGUGUCCUUCUUUCCACCUUUUCUAGACGCUGGGAAUUUACGUUUGCUUUCCAAGUCUCAUUUGGGGCGUGCGAAAUGCCUUUCGCCAAAAGGAUCGUGGAGCCGCCGCUUCUUUGCAGGCACCAGAUCCCAAACGAUGAAGGUCUGAUCUUUGAGGACCUGUGCGCCAUCACCAACGUGGUUCUGUCCCGGACCUUGCGACAGCUAUCCGACCUGGCCCGGCACGCCUGCUCCUUGUUCCAAGAGCUGGAGAACGACAUCGUCAGCACCAACCGGCGGGUCUGGGGGCUCCAGAACAAAAUAGGCCGGAUCCAACAGAAUGCCAGUGCCCUGGACCCCAAAAAGGAGGCAGUGCCUGUGUCCAACUUGGAUAUAGAGAGCAAGUUGUCAGUUCACUAUCAGGCUCCAUGGCACCAACAACACAACAUAUUCCAUUCACGCACCCGACCACCAUGUCUGGAGGAACUGCACAAAAACUCUCAGUUCAGCCUCCGAGCCCUGCGCCGAGACGAAAAACAGAACGAGCCACCCACGAGUCGGGAGAAGAACAAAGUGACUAUCUCUGUCUCAACGGCGCCCCCUAUACCCACCUUCCCCUCACCGCAUUCCAUCAGACGGCAACAGAGAAGUCGGCUGGCACGAGCGCAAGAAAGAGAAGAGCGAGAGCGAGAGUUAGACUAUCAACCUAGUAAGGAGAGGACAGUGAGAGAAACAGAAAUCCAAACCAUUCAAAGAAAAUUUGACUGCUUUUACUCACUUCAUCCAAUUGAGGGAUGCAUCUUCAUUCCGUGGAAUAGAAAGGCUACCUCAACGGGCGAGGGCGACGAGGAUGAGGUGUUAACAGGUCACAAAACAAAGACCUCAGCACAUGCUGUCCCCUCCACCCAGGACAAAGAGACCAAAUGGUCAAAGGAAAAUGUGUCCCACUCCGAUCAGAAGACAACUUCGGAUGAUACUCGUGCAGUCUCUUCCUGUAUCAUCCCCAUCAAUGUAACAGGAGUUGGAUUUGAUAGAGAGGCUAGUGCACGGUGCUCCCUUGUGCAUUCCCAGUCAGUUCUUCAGAGAAGAAGGAAAUUGAGGAGGAGGAAGACCAUCACUGGAAUACCCAAACGAGUACAACAGGACAUGGACUCAGAUGAAUCACCAGUAGCAAGAGAGCGGACAGUAAUUGUCCAUGCCAAUCCGCACCAACUCUCGCUGUGUCACGAAGACUUCUCAAUUAGUGGUCGCCUUCACCACACUCGAGACUCUGGCUGCCAAACAGAUGAUUUCCUCAUAGCAUGCACAGCCGCUCCUUCCAGGAGACGCAUUCGAGCUCAACGAGGCCAUCAGGGAAUACCGGCAUCUCUUUCCCACUCAACAGGCAACAUUUCUUCCCUUGGUGAUCAGUCUGACUCGACAUACACAAGUACCGCAACCCACACUGGACGUUUGCGAUCUCGCAGCCUUCCACGAGAAGGUGGUCGCCUGAUGGAUAGUGAUGAGGACGACGAUGACAAUUACGAUGAUGAUGAUGACGAGGAUGAGGAAUUGUCACCGUAUGAACCAGAGGACUUUAUUCCCCCUGGUCCGAGUCCGAGGCUGAAGAUGAUGAUGAUGAAGGAUGAAGAGGAGAGCACAGAUGACCAGGCAGCUCCCGAGCCAUUGCAACUUGGAAGUUUAAAACGGUUGCAACGAUCUGGGGAAAGAGAUCGGGGAGGAGGGAGCCCAGAACAUUGCUGGAUGGAGAGAGGCCGGUCUCGCUUGCCCCGCAAAGCUGACAUGGGCAGCUGCGAGAUCUCUUCAAGUUCUGAUACGUUUAGUAGCCCGAUUCACUCCGUGUCCACAACAGGAGUCCUGAGUAGCCAUGUAGACCCCAAGGAAGACCAUCAGUCAUCCAGUGGCAAUUGGAGUGGAUCCAGUUCUACCUGCCCAUCCCAAACCUCCGAAACCAUCCCCCCACCUUCUUCUCCACCACUUACAGGCUCGUCUCACUGUGACUCAGAGCUGUCACUCAACACCGUACCCAAUGCCAUGGAUGAGGGCUUUUCCCUGGAUCCCUCAUACCAUUCUGAAUUGAGACCUCAAGGACCAGGCCACAGGUCAAGCUCAUUCACAUCCUCAGCAACAGAUCAGCUGGAUGAUGCAGGGGUCAGUACAGCUAGCGAGGGGGAAUGGGCAUAUCCUCCAGACCAGGACCAGCUUGACCCAGACCAAUACCAUGACCACACCCAAAACGUAUGUCCAAGCCAAGACUACAGCUCCAAACAAGCGCGAGAACAAACAUGUUUCAGUGAAAAGACCAACAUUGCUGACAAAGACACUGGCUCUCAUUGCUCAUCCGAUGCAGAGGCUUUGUGUACAUCUGAGCAAUUUGGGAAGAGUAAUAAGAGUUGCGGAUACUACAUUUAUAACUAUGCAGACCAAGGGACUGAUUGUGGUCAAUCCAACAUUGUCGCACCACCUCCCAUUUCCCCAGUUUCCCCAGUUUACUCCCCAGCCUCGUCUGAGUACAAAAGAGGCACUAUGACGCUCGGGAGGCCCUGUCGCCCACUGAGGAAACCCAAACUGAAACCUCCUCCACCUAUGCGAACUUCCUCCCUGAAAGAGCCUAGUAGUAGUGUUGACGUAGGAACGGACACACAAGCAGAUCAAGACCAACCAAAGAUGGUUAGUGAACAAGACCUGACGUUGUCUUCCACAGAUAUGAAGUUGGAACUAGAACUGGUAGGCAUUCCGGAACCAUUGGAGACGUCUUGUCUUGUGGCAGAGCCUAUGGGAACAUGGGUAAUGGGACUAGGAGAAAGCGUAGACAUAGUAGAACCCAUGUCCUUUAGCUCAGCAGAUACACACUCGUUUAAAGACGAAGGAGCUGUGCAAUCAGACUAUGCAGACCUCUGGCUACACAAUACUGAGGUAAAGUCCAACACUUGUGAGUACAAAUCCCUGUCAAACUCAAGCACGGCGACAGGCACAACUGUUAUGGAUUGUGUCAAGUCACCAGACAGCUCGUCCUCCUCUGACACGCAAUCCCAGACUCUUUCCCAGUCUUCUGAGACGAGAGCUGCUAGUCCACCCCAGCCGCCUGGAGACUUUAAACUUGGGUCACCCGAGAAGUUGGCUGGUUUGGCAUCACCAUCCAGCGGUUAUUCAAGUCAAUCAGAAACACCAACUUCUACUUUGCCCUCAACUUCAGCAGCAUUCUUUCCAGGCCCACUGUCCCCCUCCACCGGCAAAAGAAAGCCCAGAGUGCCAGAGAGAAAGUCUUCUCUUUCAUCCUUGCAACAUCUACCGAGAGACGGAACUUCUAUAGCGUCUGCUUACAAGAGAGACCCAGACUUCCCACCGCCACCUUCUCAGCUUGAUCUUAAUAUUCUUCACAGUGGCUAUGUCAGACAUACGCUGUCGCACAGAACACAACACCUGCACACACUUCACCACAGCAAACACAGAGUCGUAAAUGUUAUUCCCACAGGAACAAAGACGUCGGUCCAUGAGGCAUUAACGAGCAACCCCCCACCAUGCGCAAACGCCACCGCUUUGAUUCCAAACGCAAAUAUGUUGGCCAUAACGCCAUCAAUUCUACGUUCGGUGCACCUCCACUCUGUCAGCAAAUCGAGUAAUACUGUGACCAGCUCAGACCUGGAAUCUGCAAGUGGACCAGCAACUGUUGCCAAACCCAAAUGUCCUAGCGGGGCGACUCUAGCCCCGCCCCCAAUCAACACCAGGCCGCUCCCUCCUCGUAGACCGCCCCCGAGACCUCCAACUCAGGACCACACCUCCUCCCCUGAUCACUCUCAACCACCCCCCCCUGGUCGUCACCCUGACGGGCCUCCUUCUUACGAAAGCCUACUACUUAGACAAGAUCGAUACGGGCCUGGAACCUUCUGGUCGAUGACAGCGUUCAGGACUCGUUUGGACCCAUUUUCAGAACUCUCAGAUGACAGUUCGCCUUUGCAUCGGCCAGUGCCACGUGCCCCUCACCCUUCACCGGUGGAUCUACACACACAUAUCCGCUCACACACAGAAUUUAGAGGGCUCACACAUUCAGCUCGCGCGCACCCAGAGUUUCGGAUCUUGGGAGAGUGUUCUUUUUCCCAAGAUGAUGAUGAAGAUGAUGAGGAAGAAGAAGAACAAGUAAAAGAAUCCCAGAGGGCCACAUGUCACAGGGUGGGCAUGCGAAUAGAUCACCCUCCCCCUCCAGCCUACGAGUUUGCAGGAGGAUCCCACCUGGACUCAGGGCCCUGGACUAGUCCAGUCAAAGUGCCUGGUACCACAGUGGAGACAUCGCAUCCUUACCUAAUCAGCGAUGCCAGGAGGAUAAGACAAGUGGUGCAGGAAGAAGAGGAAGAGACAUCAGGUGCUACCAGAAGUGCCCAUCACCUGCUGCCACAAGAAAAUAAAGAUGACUCCACCACUCCUGACACAGAAGACUAUUUCAGUAAAGGUAUGCUUGUGUAAUGUGAAACAACGGGAAGGAUCAGACAUCAAUUUUGUGCGCUAUACAUUUUUUCUGUCGCAGAUUCCACACCUACUGACAACUCACUUUCCCCUUUGACGGAUGACGCCAAAGUUGAUGACGAUAUUAUGACAUCACCCAACAAGUCCAGAACAACCGAAGAUCUGUUUGCCAUGAUACACAGAUCCAAGAGAAAGGUCCUGGGCCGCAAAGAUUCGGGAGACUUGAACGUGAAGUCUCGUCUCUGCCCGGCAGCACCGGUGAAUCCGAACAGUGUCACCAAUGCCAUUAUGCCACCGCCCCCUCCGCUCAACACCCCGGCCACCGUAGCCACUGCAUCCGGGUCGCAACGCGUCCCUGUUCCAAUCUACCGCAGCGCCAAAAAAUCCAGUACAUCCAAUGAAGAGUUUAAACUAUUGUUGCUGAAGAAAGGCAGCAGAUCUGAUUCUAGUUACCGCAUGUCAGCCACAGAAAUUCUGAAGAGCCCUAUAACUCCAAAGAGCCACGGGGAAUCCAUCUUGGAAGGUUCUAUGAGUCAAACUGAAGAGAACCUCCCAAUGCAUCAGGAGCCACCGCUUUCCAACUCGGACCCUAUCCAGAUACCAGGCCUCUUUCCCAGGGCCAACUCUGAGAGCUUCACCCCCAAAAUACUGCCUAUGACCGCUGCAUCUCGACAGGGACGUUCUCGGGUUCCACCAGUAGCCAACAGUAGUCGCUAUAGUACUCGUAGCCGCCUCUACACUGCUCCCAUGCAAGCCAUUUCUGAAGGGGAGACAGAGAACUCAGAUGGAAGUCCCCAUGAUGACAGAUCUUCAUAGAAUUAGUUGACAGAUUUUUUUUUCAAAUGGCCCCUUCCUACUUUUAUAAUAUUGGGUGUCUCUUGAUGCCUUUGGUCUAAUGCACCCCAAAAUCUGACUGUUGCUAAAAUGUGCCCAGUAUUAGGAACUGCAAUGGAACUGUUGCGUUUCAGAUGUUCUAAGAAACUGAAUGACAGAGUCAUUAAAACAAUGUUUACCUUAAAACUAUAGGAAAAAGAAUAAAUCCCUCAUAGAUAAAAUAUCUAUUUUGAUUGAACUGUCUUUUUAUACACGUAAAAAGAAUACGAAAUGAAGUUGCAAAAGAAAGAUAAGGCGACAUUUUGUGAAAGGACUGCAUGUACAAGCACAUGCAAGACUCACUGAUAUUUGUACUUCCUGUCUUGUUUGGUGUGGGUGUGUGUGCUGUUGAGGAACUGCUUUCUUUUGAAAUGAAAAAUUCAUACAAAUUGUACCAUUCUUGCAACUGUUGCUGCCCAAAGCAGAAACCAGACUUUGCAUUGUAAACAAGCAGCAAGGUUUAUCUUGCGCGUAGGUUACAAAAUGCUCCCAACUUGAGUUUUUGAUGAUUUCCAUCAGCACACCAGGGAGCAUACCAUAAAACGACCUCAUAUUUCUUAACAGAAAUAAUCUUAUAAAAUUUAAUAUGAUGCAUGGAUUUUUGUAAAAUUUAUCCAAACUUAUGCUGAAGUUUCAUCAUGUUGCAUGACCAGAAUGGAAACAUCCCCUAGAUUCUCAACUGUCAACAUUUUUUGUGGUUCCUUCGUAUCAUAUGGAAAAUUAUCCUGCGAAAGAUUUUAGUGACUGAUUGAUUUGUAACACAUUUCCAUUGACCCAAAUAAUUUUUUUCUGGGAUUCUAAGGAGCAAGGGGCCCAUUGCUAUAAUAGACGAGGGGUCCAUUUGUGGAAGACUUUGGGACAAUCGCAGUGGCCUUUCUUUGCUAGAUUUGCUUGUGUUUAGUGUGACCCUACAUGGACCCAGGCCAGAAUCAUAUUUUGAACGAACCGUGUCAUGCUGUUCUAACUUGAAGUAGAAAAUAGGGCGUUUUUAAAACGCACCAUUCAGCGCAAAUGGUGAAAAUGCUUUAGAGGGUCCAAAAUCGGGUUGACCAGAGAGUCAUUCGCAAAGCUUUCCAAUAACCGACACCUCUCUUUUGCACUUGAUGAUUCUUCAAGAAUAGUCAUAAGAAGUUAUAUCUUAUAAUGAAAUUCCAUAUGUAUAUUUGUAUUGAAUAUAAAGUCAUAUCUAUGUAACACGAGAAGACAUUUUUUAACAAGAGUGUAGCAAAGAAGAACAGGUCUCACUGACAACAUGACAUACAAGUCUUAAGAAUGAACACUGUUCUCUCCUAGUUGCCUAUCCUUCAUUUGCACUGACCCAGUAGCACCAGACAGGUGAGAGCUCAACCCAGUGACUAGUGUGCACCAUUUUGUCUAACCUGACAAAUAUUCUUGCCCAAUAUACACUGCCCAAAUUUUAAAAUCAAUUCUUUGGCUGUGGCCUUUGGACUCCAUUUCAUUUUAAGGUUACCUUCCUAUAGUACAUCAGUGCAUUUAUUGGAUCUCCUUGAGCAGCGCCUCCUCCAGCAGUCACUCUUCAAAAGUGUGUUUUGCAUAGCCUUUCUCUACCAGGUCUUGGUACAAAUUCCCAAAAGAGCCACAUUUGUUUCUGUAAGGGCAAACGUUGUCAGGCUCACUGACUGCUUGCACCCAAAAUGAGAUGGGUCUUGUCACUUUGCCCUCACUAACGUGGUUUUGAAAAUGUGACAUUUUAAAACCUUGGUAUCACUUGAAACCUGUAAUUGGGCCAUGCCUAUUGUCAGCAUCAUGCACAGUUUGCACAUUUACCUGAACUUAUAUAGACAAUUAAAAUAUAUUGCACAUUAAAGUAAAAUGAAAUUGCACCUAAAAGAUUAAAUGCAAAUGUAUUCACUUCAAAGUUAAAUACAACUAAACUGUACUUGGGCAGUAAUUCUUUCACCUACCACUAGAGGGAGCCCACAUUCCAAUACACGCUGCGAAUCACUUGAACUUGAGUGUUAGCAGAGGAAAAAAGGACCAUCAGUUAACAGCUUGAACUCUCCCCUGCCUGUCACAGCAAACAUUACUCACAUUCAGAGACCGCACUUCAAUAGGAACCAUUCACUGUAUUCUGUGAAUACCUCAACAAACAUAUUGUUUUACUGCAAAUGCAAGAUAGAUAGAUAGAUAGAUAGAUAGAUAGAUAGAUAGAUAGAUAGAUAGAUAGAUAGAUAGAUAGAUAGAUAGAUAGAUAGAUAGAUAGAUAGAUAGAUAGAUAGAUAGAUAGAUAGAUAGAUACUCAGCGAACCCGAACUGCAGAACUGACACUGUGUAACUUGGAGUGAGUAAAAAAAGCUGUGAAUUGCGCAUACGAAUUUCACAUUCAUGACACCCACAUGGCUUCAUGGCACUCGUUCCUGACCAUUGUUUUUAUUUGUCGUGUUUUCUAUCGCAUGCAAUAAGACACAAAUGACGAAAGAUAUAAAAGACACCACCAUAUGAUUAUUUUUAUCUGAGGGAUGUCUCCAGAUGAGAAAAUAAUUUGUAUUUUCUGUUCUAAUGUCAAGUUCAAUAGUGUGUUCAAUAGAUGUACAAACUGUCUGGCUAAUUCUGUUCUGUAUAGUUGUGAUCACGACAGGGGUUUAUCUUGUACUGUAUAUCUUACUCACUGGACAAUCAUAUGUUUAAGAGACUGAAAAGAAAAUGAUCGUAUAUAGGAAAAUCGAGACACUUGUGGUGCUGGGUCCUAGUCUUGCUUGAGCUGCAAAAGUUGGCGUGAGAGAUAUUUUUAUUUUCAAUUGGAAAAGAAAAGCUUGAAAAUAAUGGCGAUAAAAGGCUCAAAAGUGACUUGCAAAACAGUCAUUCUAAUUUUGUUAUUUUUGAGACUACUAAUAUUAUACACAAUGGAUGUGAAUGGGUUAUCUCUGCCACUUGAAGAAUGCUAUGUGAAAAGUCUAUUUUAAAAUUGGGGGGGAAAACAAAAACAAACAAACAAACAAACAAAAAAAACACUGAACGUGUUGAAGAUCUGUCUGGUGUGUUUGUUUUUCCAUACUGUACCCGUCAUUUAGUGACACAAUUUGUAUUAUUUCUGAUUUCAGUGGAUAAAUGACUAACACUAUUGGCCGACUAGGACAAUGUGUGCGGUUGACAUUUAAAAUAAAUUUUAGCUGUCAUAUACAAAACUAUUAAACCUCAAUUUACUUGCAAGAACAACAAAACAAGGUUCUUAAAUUCAUGACUACUUUGUUCCAAGUGUUUCAAUGUUUGCAUACAAUUUUGAGAUGUGACGGACACUGGACAUUUUUUUUAUCAAAGGUGUACAGUAUGGAAUAGCACUAAACAGAGUUGAAAAUUUUCAAAUAUAUGUGAGAAAAUACGCAAGCAUAACUGUCUAUUUAAAAGAAGCUCCAAGUUUAAAGGUAGCUAGGACAUUACAGAUUUGAAUCAUUUUUGUAUUUUUGUAUAAACUUGUAAAUACAUUUUUAAAAGAAAACAAUGUUGAAAUUCUCUCUUUUGUAAAAUAACCAAAUAAAAGAAUGAAAACAAA